AUGGCAAGCAAUGAUUCACAUAUAUUAGUCGAUAUAUCAAAUAGUAAUAAAACGCGUAUUCUCACAUCUCUUGAUGUUAUUAUAGAACAAGGGACAUAUUGUAGUGUUGGAUUCUCGAGAAAUAUAGUUAUCACAAACAAUAUCAGGAAAGUGGAAUCGGCUGUUAUCCUUUUGGAAGAAAGUAUCUUGCAUUGCGGUGAUAGUUUUGAAAUCACCGAAGUUAUGUCGCCUUCAUCAAGUGGAAAAAUACUAUCAAUAGGACCAUUUGGCUACAAUGUCAUCAUCAUUAUCGGGACAAUAGCUUCAGAUGCGAUCAAUGGCAUGCUCAGAAAAAAUAGGCGAUACUACUUUGUCAAAAGCGAUUGGGCUCUUUCCCGUUUGUUGUGA